AUGAAGCUCACUGACUCCUCUCUUUCCUCAUCCAGGGGCUGGCGGGAUGGGAGGCACCAGUGGUACGCCAGGUUGGCAGACGGCUCUGGCGGCAAGCCUGGUGCAUACGAAGGGGGUAUCAAUGUCAGAGAUCUCGGUCUCGAUGGCCGCCAAACAGAUCUGGAAGCAUCUAGUCCUUUUGCAUUGCCGGACCAAUGCCAGAUGCUCCUGGGCCAGGCAAACGAGUUAUUCUUCUCGAACACAGAUGAUGGUCGCCAGAGUGCGUCAGAUGUCUACCGAAGUCUGAUAUCUCGACUUGCGUUUUUGGACACCAUAUCAGAGGAUCACACAGCGUCCAAGAACAUGUUUGGGAAUGGCCCCAACUGGGUGCCGCGGUUGUUCUUUAUUUACUACCCGAAUUCUGUUGACAAGCAACUUCCCUCCCUCCAGCAACAAGAGGAGCUCACCAGGAGCUUUGAGGCGGGACGUAGGAGCCAGGCAAAGGUUGAGGUCAACGUCGACAAAAGCUCUUGA